GAUAUCGAAAGAACAAACAGCGCUUUAGCAGCAACGAACACUCUUCUUUCCGAUCCAGAAACAGGUUUCUCAGGUGCAAACUUUAGACGAAAAAAGAGUCUCGUUCGACCAGAUCGUGAACGCAUGGAUCCUUCGCAUAGACAAUGGUAUUAUCGCAACCAUGCUGCUAAUAUGGACGCAAUUGAUGCAAACGGACGCGCAGCAGGUUUCAGCUAUAUGCCUUCUACCACCGGACAUCUUCCACAACAUGGUGCAGCACCCUAUGGUAGCACAUUUGCUGGUAUGCAAGGUCCAGGAGGAGGCUUGAGUGGCUUGGGAAUGGCACCAGGUCAAGGAUUGCCAAGACCUGGUCCACCCAAUUUGCCUCCCGGUGGUUUGGGACGACCAGCUCCACCAGGUGCAACCGGUUUACGUCGUGGUAAAUCCAUAUUGGGACGUGAUGAAGAUCAAAUCGAAUCUGGCAUCAAUAUUCUCAAACGUGGUGUCAGCUUAAGAAGACGUGCAAGUCAAAAGGAUCGCAAAGAAGUUCCACGUGAAUUGGACGACGCUCCCCAUGCUUCCAAGAUUGCACCCGGUCCUGUUGGCCCUUGGAUGAUUUAUUGCUACUGCUUGACAAUCUGUUUCCCUUCACCAUGUCUCAAGAUCGUUGGCCUCAAAUCGCCUGAGCAACAGCGUGCUUGGCGUGAGAAGAUUGGUAUCAUGAGCAUUGUCGGUGUUUGUAUGGCUUUUGUCGGUUUCCUUACUUUCGGUUUCACUAAAGCCGUUUGCAAAACAAGAGAAGUCCGUCUAGCUGCAGGAGAUGUGAAUGCCGGCUCUUCCAUCCUUUACGGUUAUCAAUACAGCUUUGGAGAUUUCUUCCAUCCCCAAGUCGGAAUUUUCGGCAAGGAUACAAAGUUCAACCAUACUAACCCGGCUUACUCUCAACCUUGGCUGACGGGAGGAAAAGAUAUCUCUAAUCUCUUCCCUCAAACAAGUCCUAGAUGUAACAAUUAUCUCAAAAACGCAAACGGAUCUGCACCUACCAGUUAUUUCGCUUGCAACGUAUACCUACAAUCUGGUCAACUUUCCACAACCAAUUCCACAUGGUGCCAUCCUCCAAGUGUUGUCAAUUCGUUUGUCAAUAAUCCAAAACAAACGGUUGCCAAAGUAGCAGGCCAAAUUUCAUACAAUUGGUCACAAAUUGAGGACCCGACAAAGAAUUUGGUUGUAUGGAAAGGUGCGGUUUUGGACUUAAGUCGACUUUCAUCAAUCUUGCCAACGAUUACUCAAGAUCCUCUCUUCAAAACAUUAUCCAGCUCUCGUAACCCUGAUUAUGCAGGUCGUGAUGUUAGUGCUAUGGUGUUACGAACUAGACAAGACGAGCAAUUUGACUGUUUAGAGGAUGUGGUCCGUGUCGGUUUUAUCGAUUCUGAAACGAUUGGAUGUGUUGCUUCAAAGGUAGAAUUGUAUCUCUCCUUGGUUUUCAUUAUUGGUGUUGUAGCAAUCAAGUUCUUCAUGGCAGUCAUCUUUGGAUGGUUCUUAGGAUGGAGAUUGGGCAAUUACGGCAAUGAAACAUACGAAGAACGAAUGAAACGAGCUGCUGAAAUUGAAGAUUGGUCAGAAGAUAUCUAUAGACCUGCACCUGCUUCUUAUCGCCCUAAUGCAAAGAAACAUCGUAGCUUUUUGCCUACUACCAGUCGUUUCAGUACAGGAUAUGCUUUGUCACAAGCAGGAGCUGGUGCAAACGCCAAGCGCGCCGGACCUCGUAGUACAACAGGAGCCCUUUCUGAAAAAUCUCGCAGUCCGCAAAUGCGUUCCAGUCGAUUGGGUGUCGGAUCACCACUUGGCAGCCCUCCAGGCUCUCCAAGCUUACGCGGCGUUCGUAGCUCUACAUCUUUGGCUCAAGCUGGAAAAGAUGUUCAGGCUUAUAGCCAUAGUUCUCGUCGUUCUUCGUUCAGCAAUGAUCUUUCGAGUAAUGCACAUAUCGGUGCAAUGGGCGCUUGUCCUUUCCCUCUCAAUAACGUCGUUCCUCAACCACCUUCGGAUUACCAACCAUUUAAUUUCCCUUUGGCCCAUUCCAUUUGCAUGGUUACAGCUUACAGUGAAUCAUUUGAAGGUUUACGUACAACUUUGGACAGUCUUGCAACAACUGAUUAUCCAAACAGUCAUAAAUUACUUCUCAUCAUUUGCGAUGGUAUCGUCAAGGGUGCAGGUUCGGAUAUGUCAACUCCAGAUAUUUGUCUUUCCAUGAUGAAGGAAUUCGUCAUUCCUCCUGAAGAAGUUGAAGGUAAUUCGUACGUGGCAAUUGCAGAUGGUUACAAACGUCACAAUAUGGCAAAGGUUUACGCAGGUUUCUAUGAUUAUGAUGAUGAAACUGUUGAACGAAGCAAGCAACAACGUGUUCCAAUGGUCUUGGUAGCAAAAUGUGGUUCUCCUUUGGAAGCCGAUAGUGCUAAACCAGGUAACAGAGGUAAACGUGAUUCGCAAGUUUUGUUGAUGGCAUUCAUGCAAAAAGUUAUGUUUGAUGAACGUAUGACUUUACUCGAGUAUGAAUUCUUCAAUUCAAUUUGGCGUGUUACAGGUGUCAGUCCGGAUCAAUACGAAAUCGUUCUCAUGGUGGAUGCCGAUACAAAGGUUUUCCCAGACAGUUUGAGCAGAAUGGUUGCUUGCAUGGUUGAAGAUCCCGAAAUUAUGGGAUUGUGCGGUGAAACAAAGAUUGCUAACAAGACAGAAACAUGGGUUACGAUGAUUCAAGUGUUCGAAUACUACAUUUCCCAUCAUCAAACCAAGGCAUUCGAAGCAUGCUUUGGCGGUGUUACAUGUUUGCCCGGUUGUUUCAGUUCCUAUCGUAUCAAAGCACCCAAAGGACCAAACGGUUAUUGGGUACCCAUCUUGGCAAAUCCAGAUAUCGUGGAACAUUACUCCGAAAACGUUGUUGACACAUUACACAAAAAGAACUUGCUACUUCUGGGAGAAGAUCGUUAUUUGACAACAUUGAUGUUGAAGACGUUCCCCAAACGUAAGAUGAUGUUCACACCUCAAGCCGUUUGUAAGACAAUCGUUCCAGACACAUUCCGCGUUCUUUUAUCUCAACGUAGAAGAUGGAUUAAUUCAACCGUGCACAAUUUGGCAGAAUUACUGCUCGUCAAUGAUUUAUGUGGUACAUUCUGUUUCUCUAUGCGUUUCGUCGUAUUUAUGGAUUUGGUUGGUACUUUGGUGCUUCCUGCAGCUAUUGCGUUUACGAUUUAUGUCGUUGCUUCUUCUAUCAAAGGUGAUGCCAGACAAAACAUGAUUCCUUUGAUUCUCUUGGGUAUCAUUUUGGGUUUGCCAGGUCUUUUGAUCGUUGUUACUUCAAGGAAACUCAGUUAUGUCGGUUGGAUGUUUAUCUAUUUGUGCAGUUUACCAAUUUGGAAUUUUGCCUUCCCUGCAUACGCAUUCUGGCAUAUGGACGAUUUCAGUUGGGGUGCUACCCGUCAAAUUCAAGGUGACAAAAAGGGCGGAGGUCAUGGUGAUGCAGAGGGUAAAUUUGAUCCUACCAAUAUUAUCAUGAAACGUUGGGCUGAAUUUGAACGUGAACGCAGAUUCAAGUCUGGAACGCACUCUCGCGAUUCAACGUAUGAUGUUGUGCACAGAAGUGCAAGUCCUGAACGUAGCGGAAGUACACGUUACAGUGUUGUAAGCUCGGAUACCUUCCAAUCUCAACCAAGCGGAUUGAAUGACGCAAGUGGUAGACUACUAUCUAAUCAAGGUGGAUAUGAUGGAUCAGAUGUUGGUCAUGUCAAAUCUGGUUCUCAAGGCGCUCGUGCGAGGUUGGACACCGUUCCAUUGCUCGAACUUCCUGCACCUUUAGGACCUGACGCAGGUGGAAAGCCAAGAGUGAAUGCAGUUGGAGGAACAACAAUGACGCCAGGUAGCAUCACUAUCCCCAGACCGCGUGAUUCAAGUCCUGUGGCAAAGCCUCCAUACGAUUCUACAUCGGCCGCUACUUCUUCUGUUGGAUCCCCCAUUCAUUCUCAUGCAUCAAGUUCAAAUCAUGAUGCGACGAAUAGACUUUUAUCAGCAUUAGCAGGCAAUGGGGGAGGCAAUAGUAACAACAACCUCAAUUCUCCUGCGGGACUAUCACCUGCUGCAUCAUCUUCGCAACAUGGUAUCAGUGGAGGCAGUCAACCUAGCUUUGGAAGUGUUGUUUCAGAACAACGUUAUCCACAUUUGAGCGAAGCAACGUUUGCUCAAGGAUUCACUGCUGAGCCUGAAGAAGUAUUCUCUUCCGCUGAUGGCCAUCGUCAACCAUCCGGUCAAAAUGGUACCCCAAGAGAGCAAAGAGCAAGACAAAAUUCUGCUAGCAGAGGAUUCUCUUUAGUGGAUGAUGGACCUGCUGAAGGAGCACGAAUGGUGACAAGAGGUGCAAGACGUGCGUCAAGCAACAAUGCCGGCAGUCCG